CGAAGUCUCGCGAGAGCCGGCGGCGGCGGCGGCGCUGCGGUAGGAGGUCGGCGGAGAAGGACGGGGACGGAGCCGCCUCCCGCUCGCCCCCGGCCCCGACCAGGAGGAGGAUGUCCCGCUCCGGGCCGCUCCCCGCCGCCUUCUCCCUGCUGCUGCUCACGGCCGCCCUGCUGCCGGCGCCCUCCGCCGCGCAGAACGAGCCGAGGAUCAAUGCCAGCGAGGAUGUAACCAUCCAUCUGUACGGCCCGGCCGUCACAUUGCAGUGCAACCUCACCACGAGUCCCAGCCCCCUUUCUGCCAGCUACUGGGUGAAGAAUGGAGAAGAGAUCCCUGGCACUAGAAAACCUUCAAACACUACAGAAUACAAGAUUUUGAAGCCCAGAGCAGAAGAGUCAGGGGAAUACCUGUGUGUGUUUGUGUUUUCAAACUCUCCUGUAGCCAACGCCACUAUAGAAGUGAGAGCUAUCCCUGACAUCACUGGCCACAAGCGAAGUGAAAAUAAAAAUGAGGGGCAGGAGGCACUCAUGUACUGCAAGUCCGUGGGCUUCCCGCAUCCCGAAUGGGUGUGGCGCAAGAAGGUCAAUGGAGUAUUCGAGGACAUCAACAACUCUUCCGGCAGAUUCUUUAUUUCAAAUAAAGACAACUACACCGAGCUCAGCAUCACAAACCUACAGAUAAACGAGGAUCCUGGCGAGUACCAGUGCAACGCAACCAACCAGAUCGGCUCCAUGUCCGUCACAACCAUCCUCCGUGUCCGCAGCCACUUGGCUCCCCUCUGGCCCUUUUUGGGGAUCUUGGCAGAAAUUGUUAUCCUCGUUGUCAUCAUAGUUGUUUAUGAGAAAAGGAAGCGGCCGGACGAAGUCCCAGACGAUGAUGAACCAGCUGGGCCAAUGAAAACCAAUUCUACAAACAAUCAUAAAGAUAAAAACUUACGCCAGAGAAACACAAAUUAAAAAUGCUUAUCAUAGCUUUAAGUUUCUGAGAGACUGAUGGCAAUAUGACCUGCUAAAUUUAAGGGUUGGAACUCUUGGUUCUAGAACUCCAGUUCUGUCUGAUUUUUUUCCUUUUCAAGUGAGCAACAAUAUGACUGUCUAAAGCAUGCCUUAUUUAGCCUCUCCUGUAAGGAUGACCUAGCCAGAUAAAUUUUAAUACUGCUUCAGUGUAGAAGGUGUAAACUAUUUUGGGCUUGAUGUGCUGUGAAUGUUGCUUUUCUUUUCCUUAAUAUAUUUAAACAUUAGAAGUAGUAAGUCGGAUCAUGCAUGCACCAUUUUUUACUUACUGUAGCUGUUAAAUUGGCAAAGCUCUAAAGCGCACUGCUGCCAUCUAGUGAUACUUUUUGUAAAGUACAGCAAAACUUAAAAUAUAUACAGUAUAUAUUUAUAUUUGGGGGAGGGGAAAACCAAAAUACAGUAAUUGUGUUUCAUUUUUAAGCUGCUGAUGUUCAUUCCUUACUGUAUGUCUGAAAGAUGAGAGAAUUAUGCUGUUCUGGUACUUAGAGAAGUAAUAUAAAUUGAAAUUAUCUUAAGGGCUUAACCUAUAUAGAAAGACUUGGGUGUCCUAUAAUCAGACUUCAAAAGCUGGAACGGUUCGACAAGGUGGUGAUGGUGGAGAAAUGCAGUUGAAACAAAAACAAAACUUCAGUUUAUAAAUAUAUAUAUAUGAUUGCUUUUUAAGUGAUUUUUUGUUAACUCAUGUAAAUUCUCAAAUCCUUUUGCACUGAUGUGUUCAACAUAUUCUUGUACAUUCAAUUCAGGCAAACUUUUAUAAUUUUCUUUUUUGUUUAAAUGAUAAAAUGUUACAGCAUGGUGAUAUUCUAUGCAACUAGUUCUAAUCUUUAGUUUGACACUGUAAUUUCUCAUGAUUUAAAGAUUGUAGAAAUAGACCUAACAGGGUUCUCAUGAUGUGCGUAACUGUAGAUGCAUGAACUUGUGUUCUGUGUAUUUGUUGAAGUGCAAUGAUGUAUAAAAAGUGGAUUCACCUGUUUUUAAAAAUAAAACACUGACAAAAACACAUGAGACUUUCAAAUAUUUAAUUGCAUUUAAGCUUGUAUAUCCUGAGUACUGUGUAUCCUGGAGCAGAUAUUCCAGUGGUAGUAAGUUAAAUAUUGCUCAGCCUUCUGCGAGUUUUUUCAGUUCCUUCUCCACAUCUUCCACAAAAGCUGGGAAAUUCUGAUCCAUAAGACAUAAGCGAAUGAAGGGCCCCAGCUCUUGUGCGCUCCACACUGAAUGCCGGUACACAAGGGGGAGCUCAAACUUCUGUUUCAGCACAGACUGCAAAAGGAAAAACAAAAGUGUUGCACUAAUCUUGUACAUAAAAAGUAGCAUUACAUGGUUUUUGUAAUGAUGCAGCUACGUCAGAUUUUUCCUUCAGUAUUUAAUAAAGAUGCAUCUGCCUUGUUA